AUGGAGGAUCUUGAAGAGUUUCGUGAGAUCGUAGACGGUCUGACGUACUGCGCGGUCACGCCCCAUGCGCCCGAGUGGUAUUUGAACCCCGUGUUCAUGACUAUUCUGGGUGCAGAGGACGGCGUUUUCGAAUCUCUAUGCGACGACCACCCUCUCUUCUUCGCCGACCACUUCCUCCGCGUCCUCAAGGACGAUGAGCCCCCUUCUCUCGACUUUUUCCGCCUCCUGUCUUCUCCGGCCCGCGGCGACAAGCCUAUUUGGGGCCGCCUGAAGGCUUACGAAAGGGUCGAUGGCAGCAACAUCCCACAGCUUGUCCGUCAGGCCAUCAAGGAUGGCUACACUAUCAGUUCUUCAGGGCUACUUUGCUGGCACAAUAUGCCGUCGGCCGCCCACGUUCCCCGCGCCUAA